AUGUUUCAAGGAUGUCGCUUCGAAGUGCCGCGAGAGAUAAUGACAAAGAGAGCGGUGAUUAACGUACGCUCGAUGGACAAUCCAUGCUUCGCAUGGUCGGUGGUCGCCGCUCUGUACCCAGCCGAAAGAAACGCGGAUCGCGAAUCUUCCUACCCACACUAUACGACGGUGCUGAAUUUCCAAAAUAUAGAAUUUCCUAUAACGUUAAAAGACAUAACAAAAUUUGAACGUCUCAACGACGUGUCCAUUAACGUAUACAUUAUCGAGGGACAAAAAACGCUAAACAUUCUCCCGAUACAACUCGCUGACGACAAAAAGGAGAAACAUGUUAAUUUACUAUAUUUGCGAGAUCCGCGAGACGACAAUCUUGUCGGUGAUUGCGGUCGGAAACGCGAAAGGUUCGUAUCGGAGAAGGAAGGCACUUACAAUAAUAUUACGCGUGCAGGAUGUCGCUUCGAAGUGCCGCGAGAGAUAAUGACAAAGAGAGCGGUGAUUAACGUACGCUCGAUGGACAAUGCAUGCUUCGCAUGGUCGGUGGUCGCCGCUCUGUACCCAGCCGAAAGAAACGCGGAUCGCGAAUCUUCCUACCCACACUAUACGACGGUGCUGAAUUUCCAAAAUAUAGAAUUUCCUAUAACGUUAAAAGACAUAACAAAAUUUGAACGUCUCAACGACGUGUCCAUUAACGUAUACAUUAUCGAGAGACAAAAAACGCUAAACGUUCUCCCGAUACGACUCGCUGACGACAAAAAGGAGAAACAUGUUAAUUUACUAUAUUUGCGAGAUCCGCGAGACGAUAAUGUGGGCCACUUCGCAUGGAUCAAGAAUAUUUCUCGGCUCAUGAGCUCGCAAUUGAAUAAACAUAACGGCCAAAAGUACAUUUGCGAUCGCUGUUUACAUUAUUUUCAUUCCAACGAGAGAUUGCAGUUACAAAUGGUAAAUUGCGUACGUAUAAACGACUGCGCUAUUCGACUAUCGAGUGACGACGACAAGUGGCUGAGCUUUAACAACUAUAAUAGGAAGGAACGAGUUCCAUUUGUCGUUUACGCUGAUCUGAAAUGCAUCCUCGAGAAAACUGAUAGCGAUCAGGAAGCAUCUACGCUCACGUAUCAACUUCAUUAUCAAGUAUUUAACAUAGAAUACUGCGUGCGCUGUUCAUACGACAAUUCGCUAUCAAAAUAUCGAUUUUGUCGCGAUCCGGAUUGCGUUUCAUGGUUCGUCGAAAAACUGAGAAGUUUAGCACAUUGCGUAAAAAGAAUUUUAGCAGCUAAUGUCCCCAUGGAAACUUUGUCGAGCGAACAGUGGGAGACAUUGCACAGCGCGACGCAUUGUCAUGUGUGCGAAAAGCCUUUCGCACUAGACGAUAAUCGACUGCAGGAUACGUGUUUACCACCGCGCGAAUCAUUCUACAGUUCCUUGACCGGUCACACUGUAACCGAAAGCGAUUACGCACACGCUGUGAACGUUUGGCAACAGUUCUCUGUUCAAACCUUGGGUGAAUACAGCGAUCUAUAUUUAAAAACGGACGUGUUGCUGUUAGCUGACAUAUUUGAAAAUUUUCGCGAUAAAUGUAUUGAAAGUUACGGUCUCGACCCUGCGUAUUAUUAUACUUUACCAGGUUUUACGUGGGACGCUAUGCUGAAACAUACACGUGUAAAUUUCGAAUUGCUCACUGACAUCGAUAUGGUGAUGUUUAUCGAGCGCGGUAUACGCGGUGUUCUUAGUCAAUGUUCCAGCAGAUACGCGCGAGCCAAUAAUAAAUAUAUGCAGUCGUAG